AUGAAAGCUUUUAAUCAACCAACUAAUCAAAUAGACUUAUUUACUGGAUUUUCUAUUCAAGCUAAUUGCAAUAAAUUGGAAAUUAUUUCAAAAAUACGAUGUGUAUAUUUAUGUGCUCAAAAACAUCUUCCAAUUUUUGCUUACCCAGAUCUUGUUAGUUUAGUGGAUAUAAAUCUUAAAAAUCAAACAGAAUUAGUGUAUGAAAAUGAGCUUCAAACCUUGGAAUUACCAUUUUUUGGGCCAAAAAAAGCAACUUCAGGUUUUAAUGUUUCUGAAAGUUCAUUAUCAAAUUAUGCAGAAUAUACUAAUCCUGUUUCUGGAGCUACCUUCUUACAUGCAAUUGCUUUAGUAAUUGAGGAAUCUGUUUUGGAAGAAACAAGAAAAUCAUCUGCUUGGAGUUUGCUAAUUGACGAAAAUAAUACAAUUAUAUAUGAUAAAACUUGUGCAAUUGUAAGCAAACAUAUAGCAAAUAAUAUUCCUGUAUUUCGGUAUUUUGGAUUAAUUGAAUUAAAAGAAGUAGAUGCAGCAGGCAUUAUAUAUAAUUUAAAUAAUUUUUUUUUAGUAAAAAUGUUAGACCCUUUAAAGUUAUUGCAUUUUAGAAGUGAUGCAUUAGCUGGAAAAGAUUCAGCAAAAGAUGUGCCUUAUUUUCUUGAUUAUGAAGUUACAAUUAAGGAACUCUAUGCAUAUUUUGCUAAUUCGCAUAGUAGAUGGCAAAAUCUUCAAUUAAUUCAAGCACAAGAUGAUGAAUCUUCGGAAUUAGCAAUUUUGCAGAAUAUUCACACUGUUAAUAAUUCGACGAAAACUUUCGUUCAUUUAACGCCGACACCACUAAAUUUUCAAAAUUCUGAAUAUAAGAAUACCGUAUCUAAAAUAAUGGAUUUAAAAUACGGCCUAAUAUGCUUAUAUCCAGAGUUGGCAAGGUUUUCAUCAUAUGAAGAAGCUAAAGAAUGGUUAGUUAGUGAAGGCUGUAGCCAAAUUUCAAACAAUUCUACCGAUAUAACAUUGGAUGACCAUUCAAUUGAUGAUAUAAACGACGAUACGGAAAGUGAGAGCUCCUUUGACAGUAAUGUUACCGACGAAUCACCAUCAUUUGAUAACAAAUUUAUGCAAGAUUUUGGUGAAUCUAAUAAUGAUGAUAUCUUAAGUAACAAGAUGGCAGAUUCUGUACAAACAGGAAAUGGUGAUUCAUUAAAUGAUGAACAUAGAGAUAAACCUGGAGUUUGGAAAUCUACUCAGCAAAAUUCGGUAGAAGCUACCAAAGUAAUCAAUGUUAAUCCUUCAACAUUUAGAAUAGGAUUACGUAGUGUAAGGACUUUCUCUAAUUUACGGUCAAAGGCAGUUAAACCCGUUAAGAUCGAAGCUAAUAAGCCAUACGAAGAGAGAAAGUAUAUUUGCCCUGAUCCACUUUGUAAAGCAAAAUUUGCAAAAUCAUGUCAUUUAAAAGCUCAUCGUGAAGUUCACGCAAAAGGAUUUUUUCCGUGUUCAUUUGAGGAUUGCGGCAAGAUCUUUUUUACAAGGCGUGAUGCGUGCAACCAUUUUUUACUAGACCAUGAUGAGUGGGAAAAUCAAACAUGA